GGCGACAGAAGAGAAAAAUAUUGAAGAUGGCUGUCUGAACGAUUGUCUGAUUUGUGCGUUCGAUCCUUUCUUUAUUGUUUGCCGACUCAUAAAGGGAAUCCUCCCUCAGCGAACACUCUUUUUCAUCUCAACAGUAACCGGAAUAUCUGCAUUCUGAAAAGGUUGAAGUGAAGAAGAUAGUUUAAAGAGGGUUGCCGGAUUUUUAUAUCUUAUACCUGGCGUCUGACCACCAGAUCUUGGUGACCCGACUGGUGUCUCCACUCGGUUCGCCAAACCGGCAGCCAAUCCUGGUGUUUCAGUGGGUUCUCCAGCGUACUUCACACUCGGCCGCCAAUGGUUGAUCUCUGGCGACCCACUGGUUGUUUGAGCCGAAAUGACCUCUAAUAAAACUAUUGGUCGCAAGCCAGCUGUGUCUGGUUGGGCCUCGGCAUUACUUUUUUUGGCUGUUUCAACCACAGCGACUUAUGGUUACCUUUAUGGGCAGCCAGUGCAAUUGACUGCUGAACAAUUGGCCUCAUUGUUUGGCCCUGACGGUUGCCUUCAAGGGGUUUUAACAAUGGCAGAUACACAGCCUCCACCCAUCCAAGAUACCACAAUUACCACAUGCGCAGCUGGUGGAGAUCAGUGUCCUUCGUCUGCAGAGACCCAGGAAAAAGAAUCACUUAAAGCUUCCAAUUAUACGGCAAACUUCAAAGAGAAGACACCCAUGUGCUUGGUCAAUGAACUUGCCAGGUACAACAAGAUCUCACACCAGUACCGACUGACGGAGGAACAGGGCCCGCCGCACCAGAAGCGGUUCAUGGUGACGCUGAAGCUGGGCGAAGAGGAGUAUGCGGCCGACGGAGCCAGCAUCAAGAAGGCGCAGCACGCCGCUGCAAGCAAUGCACUCGAACUCACCAAGUACGACCAUCCGCCGCCCAAGGCAUCCAAGUCCAGGCUCACCAAGGGUAAUAUAACGCCCACGGUUGAGUUGAAUGCGUUAGCGAUGAGGAGAGGGGAACCGACUGUCUACACAAUCAUUGAACCAGCUCCGGAUGCCCGCUUCAAUCAGUACCCUUAUGAUAAUAGAGGAUUCUACAAUCAGGGCCGAUUUCCAGUACCAAACAAUAUGAGCUACACGAGGCGGAAUGGGUCGGGUAGAGGUGCUCAGGCGAGAUUUGGCCAUCACAUGCACGACAACCAGAGGGCGUUUGGAAGGAAUGGCGCGACAAGUUUCCGUGUGAGCGUGAAAGUUGGCGAGCGAACGUUUGAGGGCGAAGGCAUAACUGCACAGGCGGCCCGCCACGACGCUGCCUCCAAAGCUCUCGACGAACUGAGACAUUUGCCCGUCGAAGAGAACCGAGUAGCCAAAGGAUUCUCGCCUCUAUCUGAAUGUGAAGACUUUGGAUCCUGUGUUGAAAAUGAUUCAUCUUCGGACUUGAAAUCGCCAAUCUCACUUGUCCAUGAACUGGCGUUGAAGAGAAAUUUAAGCGUCACGUUCCAAGUGAUUGACGAAAGAGGCCCUCCACACAUGCGCACCUUUGUCACACGAUGCCAGGUGGCCGACUCAUUCGUCACCACUGGCGAAGGAAACGGAAAGAAGGUAUCGAAGAAACGAGCUGCUGAAAAGAUGCUUGAAGAACUGCGAACUCUCCCUCCGACAACAACAGUGAAUGCAUCGGGCAUGAGUGGAUCCAUGAAUCGGAUGAAGAGGAAAACAAACCCAACCAAAAAGAAAUCUAGGAACCUCAUCCGAGCUGUCAACCCUACCACAACUCAGGAGAAACCAGAAACCGAAGUAGCGGACGAGAUAAAUCCUAUUUCAAGACUAAUUCAAAUACAGCAAGCGAAAAAAGAGAAAGAACCUGUAUAUACGCUGAAAGAAGAAAGAGGAGGACCUAGGAAGAAGGAAUUUGUUAUCGAGGUGUCAGUUGGAGAGUACUCUUACAAUGGAACGGGUCCUAACAAGAAACUAGCCAAAAGGAAUGCCGCUGAAGGAUUAUUACAAGAAAUGGGAUAUUCCACUCCAACAACGCAACCUGGUUAUAGGAAAAUGAACAUGUAUAUGAACCAAGAAAAGCAGGACGGGUUCAUGAAUCAGGAUAAGCAGAAAAGCAAAACAGCUGGAGGGAGUGGGGGUCGACAGUUGGUGCCGGGAGUUCUUCUCAUGACUGACAAUACUAGAAGUUCAUCCACUGGCAGCAACGGAAAAUCUGGCUUCUCGAACCUACAAACAACUGCUGCCCUCGCCAAAGAGUACAUAAAUGGAGGCAAUCAGAAUCAAAAUGAAGUUCGAAGUAAUUCGGGUGAUGGGAUGUCAGGCGUCAGACCCAAGGACCAGCUCAUGUAUCUCGCCAAGCUUUUGGGUUUCACCGUUCAGUACUCGGAUUUUCCAAAGGGAAAUCAUUCGGAAUUCUUGAGUCUUGUCUCAUUAUCCACCGAACCACCUCAUGUCUGCCACGGAUCUGGCAAGACAACAGAUCAAUCACAUGAUCAGGCUGCUCUAACAGCGCUAAGGGCACUAUCGAAGAUGGGACUUGACACAGUCGCUCCAACCAAGAAAGAGACUAAUAGUCAAUCUGGAGACGGACUUUUCGGAUCGAAUAUAUCUCCUUCAGCGGAAACAAAAACCAGCUACGUCAAUGGAGCAUCUAGCAAAUAAGGUUCUUUCUCAAAGAAUUGACGAGACGUUCACGUUUAUGCAAGUAUGAAAAAUAAUAAGUUUGUUGUACUUGAAGUUUACAAAAGAUUCAUAACUUCAAUUUACUAGAAAGUUGAGUAACACGACUACUUAACUAAUAGAAAAGUCACGGAAAAUUGUGAAAGUUUGUUAUAGUAUGGCGUUACUCAUAAAUUAUUACAAACUCAAAAUUGCAAUCAAUUUAUCAUGUUUAAAAAACUAUUUCAAAUGAUUAAUAACAUUUAGCUGUCAUAAUUUUAUCUUUGUUAUACUAAUACUUAUUCAUUACUACUAGUCAAAUAAGCAUUUUGAAAUAAUAGCAAAUAAAUAUGUUCUUGGAAUUAAGAAAUCUUCAUUUGCUACUCUUCUAAUAAGCUAAUGUUAUUGCAUCAUGUUUUUGAGCUUGUAAUGAUUUUAUGAGUGUGAGUUGAAUUUUUAUGUAAGACGCACUUAGAUUAGAAUAGUUGUAUAUUUAAGCUUCACCGAUAAAGCAUCACAUCGUAUUAUCGCAGUGCUAAUGCCCUACGCCCUAAUGCCAUGUGAUGUUAGCAUGGAAUUGAUUUCAACAAUUCACACAUACAUUUUGGCUUUUAAAGAAUUACUACUUUACUGGUGUUGUGUCUGUUUAAACUAUUUAUAUUGAAAUAUCUCACAUACUUUUAAAUUUCUAUAAGUUUGUUUGUAUCUGUCCAAUAUCAAUGAUUCACUUUCUUCUCUAUUAGCAUGUCUAUUAAUUGAAUGAUAACCAAUAGAAUACCUAAAUGGAUGGAAAUUCUUGUAUAGGUUCAUAAUAGCGAAGAGAGUUUAAUAUAUUUUAUGAAAUUGGGAUGAAAAGAAGUUUUGGACUGCAGUCUGUUUCUUUAUCCUUAAGUUGAUUGUAAAUGAUAAAUACAUAAAUAAAUAUCAAUGUGUGACGAAGGAAUCGUUCAUCAUUUUGAUGAAAAUCAAUAGUGAAUACUUAUAAAUCAUCACAGUAACAUUUUCUCCCAGUUCGUACAACAUUUGUCAACUUGUAUUUGAAGUAUUUUAUUCCAGAACUUGUAAUAGUUGGAUAUAUUUUGUAUGUUAAUGGUUUUUUUAGAAGAUCGAAAAUCGUAGAUCCACUUGAAGAGUAACGGUUUUUUGAUGUAACCGAAUUUUAAAAUUGAAAAUAAAUAUCUUGGAUAGUAGCUGUUGUCAAUAUUUGCUGUAGCAGAAGUCUUCGGGGUGGUUUGCAGCAUUUAAUUGCAUUUUCGUUUAAUAAUUUAAUAUAAAAUUUAUUGAAAACGCAAGAGUAUUCUAGAAAACAUAUUAAUACACAAAAACUAAGGAUUAUUUAAUAUUAUAUUAUUCAUUUAAUGUUAAUAGCUUCACAGUCCUAUUAUGAAGGCUGAAUACCUAUUUGGUUAUGUAUUUACUGCAUCUAUAUCUCAAUUAUUCUGUUAUUGAUUUUGUUGAACUUUGAAAAAAUCUGAAGUAAUAGACCAUUUAACCUUUUAUUGUCUUCCUCCACCGUGCCAGAAAAUGGAAAUCAUUACCAGCCUAGUAAUCGUUCCCUUAACUGCAAAUAGGUUGCUCUGGAUUCAAAAUGGAAACAAUUUUGGUGAUAACAUUUUAAUAUGAAGUAGCGUUUCUAUUGUGCAGUGCAGACUAUCAUUUCAGCCUGUAAAAUCAUUGCGAACUAAAGUUUUAUUAAGAAAAAGUUCUCGACUUUUGAGAGCAUUUUUUCUCAGUUCAGACUGACCGAUUUUAUCUUUUGUGCAAUAUUCACCAUUUUACCCCUACCAUAUUUGGCUGUUAUGUUUGGAUUUGUUUCGCGAAUUGGAUAAAUAGUAGCAUAACAUUAUUUUAUAUUUACGAGUUGGAAAGACUUGUGAAUGAAAAGUAUUGCCGACCUUAUCUUUCACUAUUUUCGAUUUGUGAAUUGAAAUUAAUUUCAAAGGAAAUGCCAUUCAACUGAAAUUAUCGUGGUGUUCUGUUAGACUAAUUAAUGAUAUUUUUUGUUUUACUCCACUUCAAUUUCCAAGCUUCAACUUCUAUAAUAUAUUGCCUAAAUAUUCUGUACAACAUGGAAGCUGAAAGUGGCUUUAAAACUUUUAUUCAGGUAAUUUUUAUCAAACCUGAUGAAUUCAACAUAUAUCUUGAAAUUUAUAAUUUGUUGUUCAAUGCUUAAUAAUUAGUAAUAUUUUAAUUUUUCUAUUGUUAUCUUUCUUCAAAUUCACAAAAUGUUCAAAAUUAAAUUUCUAACCUAGUUAGAUUUUAAAAUUUUGUCAGGUUACCUUCUCCAUGUACUAAAAUUCUUCUUAGAGUUAGCUUCAUAUUUUCUUAAGUUCUCAGACUGAUUCAUUUUUGUAGAUCUCUUUCGUAAUAUUUUAUUCUCAUAUUAAUAAAAAUCAUUGUUAUUAAAGAUCGAAUUAACAAUAUCAAAGAGGUAUCCAAUAAUACAAUAUUGAAGGUUUUUUCUAAUUAUACGCAAAUCACCGAAAAAAUCAUAAAAAUCAAGUUUCUGGAUCUUUUAGUUAUUGAUGGCUCUUGUUUUGAAUUUUAAUCAAUUUAUCUUUUGUACCUUCUCAAUUGCAUGGCAAGAUUGCAAUGGCUUGAUAAAAUGGAUAAAGUUUUAGUUUAUUUAUUAUUUGAAAAUAUACAUAUUUUAGGUUUAUUUAUUAAAAAAAUGCCAGUUACAAAUUUGUCAUUUAGUGGAUCUGGCCACAAGCGGUCAUCAUUCUAAUGGGAGUAGAAGAACACGCCACCCAUUUUAAUUGAAUAGAUUCGGGCACUUUUUAAUGUAUUUAUUUGUUUAUACAAUUACAAAUCAUAUAAAUAUGAUUGGGAAAGAGCAAUAGGCAUAGCCCAAAACUAUUCUGUGGCGAACAAUAACACUGUAUAAUAGAUUUUUUUAAAACCUCACUCCAGAGAGCUUCAAAUUGAUAGACUAUGGUGCACAUAACAUUGCGUGCACCAAUAGUGCGCUUUCUAUUAGUCAAUUCUUGAUUAUCUUGCCAUGCUUUUUUGUUUUUGUAUCCCCACUUACUUUCAGCUGUGUUAAAUCUUGAGUCACUCAACAAAUUUUUGAAUAUUUUUUGUUUAAAAAAUUCCUGAAUAGUUUCCUAAAUUCAAAGAAAUGUUGAGGUAUUUAGGUCUAAGAAAAUCGUUCUUAAGAUUAAUUUUUCUCAUGUGACAUUAAGUUAGUAAUAGAUUAUAAUCGAUUGAUCAUGAACUUAAUUGUUUAUAUUAAAUUAUUUUGUUCGAUAAUUUAAAUGAACAGAUACUGUGAGUGACCUUCGAUGUUCAUUAUGAAAAAAAAGUUAAUAAUUAGUUUCGCAGUCUUUGUUUUAAAAGUUACUUUAUUUUGUUGAUUUGUUCAUAGGAUUUUAUUUAUCUAUUUACUCUUACUAAAUGCUUUUGAUUCAAUAAUAUAUUCACUGUUAUGCAUAAUUCACGUCAGUAUUUAAAUCUAAAUAGACUACUAAGCCUAUCUAAUCUAUCUAUGCAAUAAAUUAUAUUUAUCUAUAUUUGUAAAAUUCUCGGUCAUUCAUGUUAUUUUAGCCCAACUCAAAUGGGGAGUUAGAACCAAUCAAUGUAGUUGUCUCCAAAACAAUGAUUGGAAUAUUUUAUUGUUAGUAGGAGGAUAAAAAGUAUAUGUAACUAACAUUGCAGUUGAGAUACACAAUAACUGUUAUUAUAAAUAUCAAAGACCUACUUUCAGUAAUAAAAAUAAAACUAAUAUAGUUCCCUUUUUAAACACCGAAAUAUUCAUAUUUAUUUGUUCAAACAUAUUGUAAUAUAGGAGAGAAAAAACAGGCGCCAGCCAAAAAUUUCUUUUCUUUUUAAAUUUAGUUCAUUAUAAAAUUGACAUAUCAUAAUUAUAUAUCAAUUGAUAUAUAUAGUUUUGUACAUCUGAUAGUGAUAUAAUAGUUUUAAUAAUUUACAGAAGUGUGGUAUGUUUUUAAAUGAGAAAAAGUGUGCUAUAUUAGUUUUAUUAUUAUUUCAUGAACUGUUGUAUGGGAUUUUUCAUUAUUGAAAAAUAGAUUCCAUUGGAUUUUUGAUAUUUCAUUCAUGUAAGAUAGCCUAAAUUAUUCUCUUAUAAGUAUUUUAAUUUUAUUCAUUUAAUCACAUAUUUAUUUAUCACUUGCUGGAUAGAAUCAAGCCCAAAACUGUUCCUGUUCCAAUUUAUACAACUCAGUCUAAAAGUAUUGGUUGUGUAUCACAUUUUGAAUUUUCAACGAUUCACACUACAAAACAAGCAAUUUGAAUUUAGAAAUAGUUGAUUUAUGUAACUACAGUAAUUGAUUAAUAAAAUGAACGAAUCCUUUCAGAGGUGAUUAAGUAUAACAGUGAAUGCUAUCAAUAUUUGUAUAACUGAAUUUUAUAUGAACUAGUAUAUUCUUCUUUGUUUCCUUCAUAGUUUAUAUUUUACUCCUGAAAUGGAUUUGUAAUAAUUGUAUACCGUAAAAAUGUAUAACUUGCAAUUAGCAGAUUGAAUUUACUUUUGCUUCAUUAGUUUCAAAGUAUGAAUGAUUUGUCUCUACUUUGAAGAACUAGAAUAAAACACAUGAAAUUCAUCAUUAGCAAGUAGAUGUAGCUUUUGAUCUGAAUUUGAAACUGUCGUUUUAUUCAGAAAAGUAGGUGCAAAUUGUUGCAUAUCUAUAGACUACAGUUAGCCUAUAAUAUACUUAUUAAUGAUUGCAAUUCUACAAUGGUGUAUGUCGUUUUGUUAGGAUAUUGUAGUGAUCUACUCUUUAAUUGCCACCUGAAUUUGAAAUCAAUAAAGGAGCUUAGUUUCUCUUAGAUAAAUGAUUUCUUAUUUAUUGUACAGUUGGUUGUUUAAGAAUGAUAAUAUUACGAAAAUGUGAUCAAUAAAUUUCCUUUUUGAUAAUUAAA